CAUUCUCCGGGAGUCCAACCAGCUGACCUUGAAGAAGUUGUCAAGAAGGGGGUUAAAACUCUGGUGAUUGGUCGUGGCAUGAGCGAGGCUUUGCAGGUUCCACCAUCGACUGUGGACUAUCUGAAGAAGAACGGGAUUGAUGUGCUGGUCUUGCAAACAGAGAAGGCUGUGGAAGAGUACAACGCCCUGGCUGCUCAGGGAGUCAAAGUGGGGGGAGUCUUCCAUUCAACCUGCUGA